CACCGGAGCACAGAAACAGUGUUUUAGUUUAACUUAGUAUUUCCAAGCAGUUUUAGACAGUUUUAGUGAUGGGAUUGUUGAGCAAUCUGAUGGCCAGUGAGAGACAGAUGUUACUGAAUAGAGUUAAAAAAAUAAGAGUUAAAGAAUAAGACAAAAAGAAUAAACAAACAAAAAAUAACAUGAAUUUAUCAAUAAGAACAUGAAUGGGAUCAACUUAACAGAAUGAGUUUAAUUAUAAAUAACAGUGAUGUAAAAAUGUUUUAUUUUCUCUGAUCAUCAAAUAUUGAAGAAAAACAAGCAGUUUUUACAUGAUGAGUUCAUUUAUUAUCGGAAAAGCUGCUGAAUUUAAACCAAACUGGCUUGUGAGAAAAUAUAACCUGUUAUUAACUGAGAUUCGUCAUAAUUUUUCAUUUCAACUGUCACUGACUGUCAUUGAUUAACUCCACAAAGUUAAUCAAUGAGUAACUUUGUGGACAAGGGGUGUGAAUACUUUAGGGCUGCCAGACACAGUAUGUUAUGUCUUAAAGUGACCAAAAGGUGGCGCCCUUCAACCCAUGAAUAGGCAAAAAUGACACCUUCCGUUUAAUUGAGUGACAUCAACACUGACCUUGUUUUACGAAGGUUUCAUUAGUUAUUCAUUUUUGAUACUAUAUAGAGCAGCUAACAUGUUGUGACUUCCUUCCCGUUUAUUUCCUGUCCUCUGCUUCCUCUCAGAGGAAGAGGAGGAGGAGGAAGAGGAGGAAGAGGAGGGCGGACACUCAGCAGCAUCCUCCAGCCUCCGCCCGCCUCUCUGGCUCUGCCUCCAUCCGACACGGCGCUGGAUCAGACCUGCAAGGGGGUGGGGGGCAGAAAAACACACUGCGGAAAGAGGGCGAUGGCCGCCGGUGGAGGAUGCGGGGAAUCGGUGGAUCAGUAUCAGGCCGAGGUGGAGAGGCUCACGCAGGAGCUGGCCGAAGCCAACCGGGAGAAGAUCCGGGCUGCGGAGUGCGGGUUGGCCGUCCUGGAGGAGAACCAGGCGCUGAAGCAGAAAUAUGCAGAGCUGGAAACCGACCAGGAGACCCUCCGGAAGGAGCUGGAGCAGCUACAGGAGGCGUUCGGUCAGGCCUACACCAACCAGCGCAAGGUGGCAGAGGAUGGAGAGACCAUUGAGGAGACGCUGCUGCAGGAGUCAGCCUCCAAGGAGGCGUAUUACAUGGGCCGGCUGCUGGAGCUGCAGACGGAGGUGACGCUGAGCCGCUCGGUGGCGUCCAAUGCUCAGGCGGACAACGAGAGGCUCAACGCGCUUCUGCAGGAGCUGCGAGAGAGCAACGAGAUGCUGGACCUGCAGCGCAGCAGGAUGAGGGAGGAGAUCAAGGAGUAUAAGUUCAGGGAGACGCGUCUCCUGCAGGACUACAGCGAGCUGGAGGAGGAGAACAUCACCCUGCAGAAGCUGGUCUCCACGCUCAAGCAGAGCCAGGUGGAGUAUGAGGGGCUGAAACAUGAAAUCAAAGUUCUGGAGGAGGAGACGGUCCUGCUCAACAGCCAGCUGGAGGACGCUCUGCGUCUGAAGGACAUCUCUGAGGGACAGCUGGAGGAAGCGCUGGACGCCCUGAAGACGGAGCGCGAGCAGAAGAACAACCUGAGGAAGGAGCUGGCCCACCACAUCAGCCUGAGCGACAGCAUGUACGGGGCCGGGGCCCACCUGGCGCUCACCGUCACCGGCGUCGAGGGCCUCAAGUUCACCGAGGAGACCGGCAGCGGCAACGUUCCCAACGGCGGCGCCAUCCCUGCUGCCAACGGCAACAUGGAGGACAGCAACCGCUGCAACGGCCACCUGCACCACAGCCCCGUCCUGGCCAAGGCCAGCGGGGAUUACCGCGCCGGCAGGAAGGCCGACGGCCUGGUGCCGGACCUGUUCAGUGAGCUCAACCUGUCCGAGAUGCAGAAGCUGAAGCAGCAGCUGCUGCAGGUGGAGCGUGAGAAGGCGGGUCUGCUGAUGACCCUGCAGGAGUCGCAGACCCAGCUGCAGCACACGCAGGGCGCCCUGACGGAGCAGAACGAGCGCGUCCAUCGCCUCACCGAACACGUCAACGCCCUCAAACACCUGAACGCCGACAAGGAGCUGGACAAGGAGAGCGAGAAGCCAGACGGCGGCUCCCCGUCGCCGUCGUCCAACGGCCGCCUCGACCCCGACAUCCACGGGUUUGAGAUCCUGGAGUGUAAGUACAAGGUGGCGGUGACGGAGGUGAUCGACCUGAAGGCCGAGCUCAAAGCCUUAAAGGAGAAGUACAACCAGGCGGUGGAGGGCCAGGGAGACCGCCACAACGACGACCGGGUCCAGGCGCUGACUGAGCAGGUUUCCCAUUUGGAGCGGAGCUACCGUGAGAGCCGGGAGCGGCUGGCUGGCCUGGAGGCCGAGCUGCGCGCCGCAUCAAACACGGCGACGGAGAGCCAGAGCAUGCUGAACGCAGCGCAGGACGAGCUGGUGACCUUCAGCGAGGAGCUGGCGCAGCUCUACCACCACGUCUGCCUCUGCAACAACGAGACGCCCAACCGCGUCAUGCUGGAUUACUACCGGCAGAGCCGCAUCACACGCAACGGCAGCCUGAAGGGCCCCGAGGAUCCACGGGCCCUCCUGUCUCCCCGCCUGGCGCGCCGCCUCGCCGCCGCGUCCGCGGCCUGCUCGCCCGACUCCCCGCGCAGCCCAAUGGACUCCCCGUCCAGAGACGCCCACCACAGCAACGCGGCGGGCAGCAUGGUGGGCAACACGGCGGGCAGCGUGGCGGACUCGUCGUCCUGCCACAGCAGCCCCAUCCACAACAUCAGCGGGUCGCCCUCCAUCAGCAUAUCCCGCUGCCCGUCUCCGGUGCCGUCGGAUGUGGGCGGCGACCUGCGGAAGGAGCCCAUGAACAUCUACAACCUGAACGCCAUCAUCCGAGACCAGAUCAAGCAUCUGCAGCGGGCCGUGGACCGCUCGCUGCAGCUGUCCCGGCAGAGAGCUGCAGCCAGGGAGAUGGCCACCAUGCUGGACAAGGACAAGGAGUCGUGCAUGGAGGAAAUCCUGAAGCUCAAGUCGCUGCUCAGCACCAAGAGGGAGCAGAUCGCCACGCUGCGGCUCGUCCUCAAGGCCAAUAAACAGACAGCAGAAAAUGCCCUGGCUAACCUGAAGAGCAAGUAUGAGAAUGAAAAGUCAGUGGUGACGGAGACCAUGAUGAAGCUGAGGAACGAACUGAAGGCUCUGAAGGAAGACGCUGCCACCUUCUCCUCUCUUAGAGCCAUGUUCGCCACGAGGUGUGACGAGUAUUGUACCCAGCUGGACGAGAUGCAGAGGCAGCUGGCCGCAGCAGAGGACGAGAAGAAGACGCUCAACUCCCUCCUCAGGAUGGCGAUCCAGCAGAAACUGGCCCUGACGCAGCGGCUGGAGGACCUGGAGUUUGACCACGAGCAGAUUCACCGCGGCCGCGGCGCCAAAGUGCCCAAGAUAAAAAGCAGCCCACCCAAAUUUUUUGUAGAUUGUCAGCAGCCUUCUGCCUCAGUACCGACAUUCUCCCCACAACUAAGGCGAGGGAGAGCCUCCUUAGCCCGCAGUCGUAAAUUUCUGGAAGACCUCCAGGAAUACCAAGCGGUCCUGUCCAGCAGUCGCAGCCUUCUCUCGCCGUGCGACCCGCGUAGCUGCAUGGCCCACCAGCCCCACCCCCCUGGCACCUAGCCCCGCCCCUGACACAUAGCCCCGCCCCCGGAACCUAGCCCCGCCCCUGGCCCGGACCCAUAGGAGCCAUGCAGAGGCAGACACUCCCUGGAUGAGGGAGGCGCCUCCUCUUCCCUCACUGGACUCUGUCCCCCACCCCGGCCGGACCCGGCCCGGUUCUGGCCCAGUCCUGGCCCGGUUCUGGCGGGCCUCCCACUACCUGGGUCGUAGAAGAGAGGCAGGACGCGCUCCCCGUCUUCUGGAUGCGACUUCCUGCAGGAGAAGAAAUGCUGCUGACGCAGAACUGGAAUCUUUAAAUUAGUUCACUGUUAUUUAUUAAUAAUUUAUUGACUAUUUAUUAUUUACGGGAUUUAAUAAUCCUUGUAUGUUUUUCUUCUGUCUUAUGUUUUUUAUAAGAAUUCAUUCCUGCUGUGGAGACGAAGUAAUCGGUUUCACAGAUUCACUUUCACAACAUGGUCUGUUUUGUUCUUCCAUCAAAAAUUGAACAAAAAUAAACAUUUGAUUUAGACGUUUUCUAGAAAAAAGCGUACCUAGUUAAACCAUAUAGAAUUUUGUGAGAAUAACAACCAAAUAAAUCAUGUAUGGAGUUUUUUUACACAGUAGCUCGUAGACACUUUGGGCGCGGCGGAUCCAGCGGACUAAUAACAGGAAAAGGUUUCACGUUUGUGACGGUUGAUUUCAGCUCAUUUCCUUUCACAGGUUUUUCUUGCAAUGCUUAUUUAUGAAUUAUUUUAACAUUUUUAAACUAGACACACAAAGACUGUUUUAUAUCACUUCUUGUUUAUUUAUUAGACACAUUUUUUACAGCGGGUCCUGGUGAUGCUUGUAGCUCAGAAACUGGGUGGAUUUGAUCAUUUGAGCUGCUCUUCAUUUUGAAUUGCAGAGGUUUAAAUGAACUCCUACUGCUGCAUUAAGGCCUCUGUUAUCUACUCUUUGUAUUUUCCUCGUCGAGUAUUUUCAGACUUUCUCGCUGGGUAGAAACCAGUCAUGCUACCGAUUCUUUUCCUCAUUGUGACACAGAGAGAAAACAACAUUGCAGCUCCACGCUGUGGGGUUCAUUUUUAGAGUUACAUGAAAUAUUUUCAUCAUGUUAUAUAUUCAUUUCUAAAUGUCACAGUUUAAACUAAAUAUUUAGCUAGCAAGUUAAAUGUUUACAACUGAAUAGGAAGCUAGCUUAACCCAAAAUAUUUAGCUCGUAGCUAAAUAUUUAUUUAGCCUGGAGCUAAAUAUUUAUUUAGCUCUGAGUUUGCUAAAUAUUAAAGUAGGAAGCUAAAUAUUUAGCUCCAAACUAAACAUUUAGUUUGCAAAUUAAAUGCUUAGUUCCAAAUGUAAUAGUUAGGUCAGUAAAUAUUUAACUUGCUAAAUAAAGAUUUAAUUGGUAAGCUAAAUGUUUAGCCCAAAACUAAAUACUUAGCUCUGAGCUAGCUUAAUAUUUAGUUUGAAAUUAAAUAUUUAGUUUGGUAACAAAAUAUUUAGCUUUACAUUAAAUGGGUAUCUUACUUGCUAAGUUUUAACUUUAAAAACUUUGAACUAAAUAUUUAGUUUUAAGUUAAAUAUGCACCUUGAUCACUACAUAUUUAGAUCCAAGCUAAAGAAUUCACUAAAUAUUUAGCUGGAGCUAAAUGUAUAGUUGGUCAAUUAAAUAAUAACCUUGCCUAAUAAUAAUAUAUUAACAUUUAUAAAUGAAUGAAUAACAUGGUGAAAAUAUGACUGUGUAGUGAACAGCCAUGUUUUUCUCUUAUGACUAAAUAAAUCUAAUAAUUGUGUUAAUUUUUGACAGUAACUUUAAAAGCGGUUCCCCACGCAGCCUCUCUGUGUUGCCGUCUCCCUUUGCUUCCCCAGACAGAAUGCAGUACAGCACAAGCACAAUUCUGCACUAUGCAUUUGAGCAAUACAGCAGCAGCGAAACAUUU